AGCUGUUGGGGUGAUCAUGUACAUGUUUACCCCCGUGGUGUAACGUUUCGGCGGGACGUGUGCACGGUUUGAUUCCUAACACGAAAGUACAUUGAGAGCUUUUGGUGGAGAUCUCUAACUUAAGUGUGAGCGGGACACAUCGCAUGUUGUGUUUUAACCGCGCCAUAUGACUGAACGUGUGGUGCCCGUGUUGCAUGGCUUCCUUACAGUGCUCUGCAAAACGUGAUUUGGUGCCUUAAAAGGAAUGGGUGAUGAACACAUUAGCGACACGGUCUUCGUCAUAAAUGUUAAGUGUGGACAGCAGGAAAACUAUGCUUGUUCUAUGCAUUAGAAAUGCAUAGAACUAAAUAAAGAAGACGGUCCAAGACAGCGUGUUCGAGUGGAGUUGAGUGUCUGGACAGAAAUGAGUAACCCCGGGAGAUGGACUGCUUUUCUUUGGAUUGUAAAUUUAGUUUGCUGCACUUUUGGCAUGGCAGUGAAUGAAAGAACUGAUGAGACUUGCCCAUCCCUGCACGUUGAGGACCGUCGCUUCUCCGACAGUUUAGACCGUCCGCUGGCCAUAACAGGGUUUGACCUCACAGAAAAGUUUCUACUGCGUAAGGGGACGGUGGCCGAGGACAGAGCAUCCUUCCGAUUGGGAAGCAUCCCGCUUAUCAAACCAACAGAAUCAGUGUUUCCAAAUGGACUUCCAAGUGAAUACUCCUUCGUCACACUCUACCGUCUUCGAAGAACAACGAAGAAAGACCGCUGGUUCCUAUGGCAGAUAUUUGACCAGACGGGAGGAACUCAGGUGUCACUGGUGGUGGACGGGGCAAAGCGCGCGGUGGAGUUCUCCUUCCAGGGGCUCCAGAAGAACGCCCUCCACUACACCUUCAAGGGCCGCGACCUCCACGCGCUCUUCGACCGCCAGUGGCACAAGCUGGGCGUGGCCGUGCAGAGCACCGUCGUCUCGCUCUACGUGGACUGCAAGCUGGCGGAGCGGCGGCAGACCGAAGACAAGGCCGACAUCAAGCGCAGCGGACGCACCCUGGUCACCACGCGGGUGGAAGAUGGCCGCCCCGUGGACAUAGAAGUUCAACAAAUCCUUAUCUACUGUGAUCCGUACAUGGCUGAGAUGGAGAACUGCUGUGAGCUGCAGGAAGCCAAGUGGGGAGCCAAUAAGACAUCUGACGAGACCCCCGCGCCCCCGGUGACUGGACGGCUGCCCCUGAUGCUCUCCCUGCCCGCCCCCCCGCCGCUUGACGGAUGCCCGUGUCCGGCUGAAAAGUGCUUGGAAGGUGACUCUGUGCCUGAGGGCGCUGGGGACCCCAAAGGAGACAAAGGAGAUACUGGUCUGGCUGGAGUUCCCGGCAAUACUAUUGAAGGCAAGUGCCUCAAAGGAGAUCAGGGCCCAGCUGGAGAGCGAGGAGAGAAGGGAGACGCGGGGACACCGGGACAGCCAGGCAAAGAGGGCAAGAGGGGUAAAAGAGGAAAGAACGGGGAUCCCACCAACUCGGGUUCGUCUGGAGUGUCUGCCGGAGCAACCGUCAAGGGCGACAAGGGGGAGAAGGGGGACGCCAUCCUCCGAGGAGAGAAGGGGGGUGCUGUAUGUAUAACUUCCUGAGGAUUUAAGACUUGCCCCGACUCUGAACACUUUUAAAAGACUUCUAUGUUUGCUUUAGCUUGAAUACAUUGACACAUUUUUUGCAUACGUUUUCUUUUAUAUCAAUUAAUUUUUAAUACAUUUUAUCGUAUGACAAUGUUUACAUGUGAAGCACUUUCAGUCUGCCUUGUGUAUGAAAACUGCUGUAUAAAUAAAGUUGCGUUGCCUCGCCUUGCCUUCCUCCAGUGACAUUUACAG